UCAGUCUCAGGCUCAGCGUGAGAAAGGAACCUAGCCGCUUCCCUGCCGUGAAUGACACUGCGUGCGAUUCAUUCAAUCUGGAGCGUCAGAUGGUUUGCUCUGGCGGCAGCACAAGGUGCUCCAGCGUCUCUCUAUUGUCCGCUUGCCUGUGAUUGCCGUAGUGUCUAUGUCAGGGAUCAUAAUUACAUUACUAUUGAUAGUUAGGUUACUACUGAAAAUCAUGAAGCACGGGGGAUGCGGUGCAAUGAAUCCAGCAGCUGAAUGUUUUCAGCGGUGAAGAUACAUACUGUUCAGCUCUACCGAUCUCGGACAGGAACUGGAAAUAUCUCUCGUUCAAUCUUUGCCGUGCCGCUUUCUUGUGACAAAGCUGAAGGAACGCACAUAACUGAGAUCCGUCAGCUAUCGCUCUUGAUUCGUCGACCACACUGCCCUGUCUCUUUAUUAAAGAUAACAAGCUGCUUUCUUUUGCCGUCGUUAACUGAGUAAAAUCUGUUGUAUCUUAAGACCUGGACAACCUAUCGGUGGAGGGAGGAGCGAAGAGAGCAGCUUCAUCGCAGUAAACAACACUAAUGCUUUGUCUAUUACACGGGCUGCACUGAAAAGAUUGGCAUCGUUCAUCUACACAGGACAAUGAGAUGGGAAUUUGGACGGAGUGAUUUUAUGGUUCGUAGUUUUACUUGUUUAGUAAUUUAGCCUACGAACAUUUAUCGGUAGCUUCAAGCGGUGUCAGUACGCACGCGUUUUGUGUUUAUUCGCAUUAACCAGAAUUUAAUCUCUGAAUACAGCUUUUUAUUUAUAAAUAGGCAAUUUACCAGGGAAAAAAAACACUUUCUAAAUUUAUUCUCGGAUUGCCUGAUAUUUAAUCGUCGGAAAACCUGAACUGUUUGUGAAGAUAGCCAGUUGGAUGAACAGUUUUAGAAGCUUUAUUGGUUGUGUUUCUAUACCGUUAUAACUGGAUACAAUCUUUUUCCUUCAUGUCUUCUGAAGUGACAGACAUGAAGUGAAGGUAUUCUAACAAGACAAUUCUAAUGUAUGAAUAGCGCGUGGAAGCGAAUCGGUCCUAAAGCACGUCACCUGCACGGUGUGGACGCUCACAGGAACUGCUUGGUCAACACCAAAAGGAUUGGGGAUUUUGGAGUUACAGUGAUCCACGUGGAACGGGAAUCCUAAGUGGACGGUUAAUCAUGGGCUGUUGCAGUGGCCGGUGUACACUGGCCUUUAUAUGUGGGAUGCAGCUGAUUAGCAUAUUGGAACGACAGAUCUUUGACUUCCUUGGCUACCAGUGGGCUCCAAUCCUCACCAACUUUGCUCAUGUCAUCAUGGUUAUCCUGGGCCUCUUUGGCACCGUGCAGUUCAGACCGAGAUAUGUGACAGGGUAUGCGGUUUGGUUGGUCCUCUGGGUCACCUGGAAUGUCUUUAUCAUCUGCUUCUACCUGGAGGUGGGGGACCUUUCCAAGGACAAGGACCUGAUCAUGACCUUCAACAUCUCCAUGCACCGGUCCUGGUGGAUGGAGAACGGCCCCGGGUGCCGGGUGACCCCCGUGACCCCCCCUCCGUCCUGGGCCCCCGAGGACCACCGCUACAUUAGCAUCUCCGGCUGCCUGCUGGAGUACCAGUACGUGGAGGUCGCCCACAGCUCCCUGCAGAUCAUCCUGGCGCUUGCUGGGUUCAUCUAUGCCUGUUAUGUGGUGAAGCUCAUUUCAGAGGAAGAGGACAGCUUCGAUUUUAUAGGAGGGUUCGACUCCUACGGUUACCAGGGGCCUCAGAAGACGUCGCACCUCCAGCUGCAGCCGAUGUACAUGUCAAAGUGACAGCGACACCUGCCUUAAGAACACAUCAAAUAGACAACUUUUGCUUUUUUUUUCUUCUUUCUUAAAUGUCUUAAAAUUAUACAGUGUCUUACAAACUGACUGAAAAAGAAAGAAAACAAUAUUUGACAGUUGAACCUCAAAAAGACUGAAACAAUCACUCUGGCCUUUCCUUUGUCUCUGCCUGGCAACUCCACACAGGCUGGGGAGAGGCCUUUGCCGGGGGGGGGGGGGGGAGGGGGGGGGGAUGUGAGAAGACGCAAGAUCGCCAUCCUGUGGCCACGCACUCCCAACGCUCCCCAGAUCUCCACGCUGACUUUCUCUCUCUCUAGCGGGACGCAACCAGGACAUUAAGGCUGCGAGUGACAUCGAUCCCGAUCGACUUUUCCCCAAAGAGAUCGAGAUUCUGGACAAAAAAAAGAAACCGUUGGAAUUGUGCCAUUGCACUGACACUGCUCGGUGGUGACCGGUCGUCAGUUCUUGCCGAUUAACACGAUUAGAAAUUCUCUUCACUAAAGGAAUGUUCAUUAACUCAUUGAUACAACCUUAGCCACAAUAAGGUGGUAUCGGCUCUAGCUCCCUUAAACAAGUGUAGUGUCCACGAUAAAUUGUUAGCAUGAUUUCCCACGUGCUAACGUGUUGCCAGUUUUCGCAUCUGCAACAGAGCAGCCAUCUAACCUUGGGCCGUCAGGCAAAAAAAAAAAAAAUGGGGGGGGGGGGGGGGGCUGAUCACUUGAAAAAGAAAGUGAGGAGAAUUGCUUUUCCUUUCCUGAGGUUGUAUUUGUCCUGAAAGUGCCAAGAACAAUGACAGAAAACGGUCUUUUGAAAAACAGUGGAUGUUUCCCACAGAGAUUCUAUUUAUUUAUUUAUUUUCUCUGAAGUACGGAGGUGGUUUUUUUUUUUUUUUUCAAACAAAGCCUUUGUGUAUUUUACGUUGGCUAUUCUUUCACAGAUGGGUCUCUAACAUCCAUUCAGAGUCGGUAUGGGAUAUGGUGAACUCUGUUUGCGUGAGGUGUCAAAAUCCGUGGCCUAUUUAACCACUGAAAGCAUUACUUUUACCGGAGAUAUCCAAAAAGGCAGACGCAGCCGCGGUCCCAGAAAAAGACCGCCAUCGCUUCCUGCUUUUGUACGGCAGCACCGAGAGUUUCGUCAAACGACAAAGAGAAAUGUAACUCCUUUACAUUUAAGCCGUUUUUAAACGUGUAACAGUGUUUACUCUUUUUAUAGUUCAUAAUUUAUUAUGUUGUGUAAGUGGGCCUUUCGUUCUUCUAACUGUACAGGGGGGAAGGGAGACGUGGGCAAAGGUGACUCACGGAUAGCGUGACAUCACAAGGGGGCGGGGGUAUGUGGUAGAGUUUGUGCCGUGACUGAGAAUAUUGUGCUUCUUGUAGUGGGCAGCACAGAACCCUGGAUCCCACCCGAACAGAUUCUGUGCUUCCGUAGCGACACUGGGUGUUUCUUAUACUCAUGAUACAAGCGGGUCUCAAAGUCUACAUCAUUCCAUCGUUUGACUGAAAAAUCUCCUAGAGACUCCUAAUAUUGUUUUUAAUUCCUGGCAUAGUGUGAAAGCAGAAAUAAAACAAGCAUUAGGUAUGAAUGCAUUAGCUACACUGGAAACGAAUGGGGUGGACAAGCCGACCUCCUCUUCGCAAAGUAAAAUUGUGGCUUUGUUCUUAUUCCUGACAUCACCUCUCCACUCCUCUAGUCAGACUUAAGUGAUACAUUGAAGCUUAAAAGGAUCUUCUCAACCCCCAGAAAGUUUGCUGUGUGAUUAGAUUUGUCUCAAGCCGAUUCAUGCUAUUAACAAUGGUGAGUAGGGUCCAAGGCAUAAUAUAGCAAAUCACUCCCUCCACUGAAUUUCUCCAUCUAUAAUUUAAAUGGUUCAUUAAAAAUGCAUACAUUCGCUGUGCAUAAAUCUCUCAUUUGAUGUACUAGACUGCUAAGCCUUGUAAUUGUGGCCCAGUAAGUGUGUGCUUGCAAAUGUGUCCGGAUAAGUAGAGGUUCUCUGCCGUCUGAGUGUUAAUGGCUUGAGGAAUGAGGUCUAUUUUUGAAUGAUACCGAAUGCUUUUACGUGCUAUUGUUAACAUUCCAAACUGAGAGAAACAGCUGCUUAUCCCGACUGCGGCUUUGGAAUCUCCAUCAGAAUGUCUCAUAGACGUGCCAAGCUGUGUACUCACUAUGAUCUAUGUACAGUGAACCUGAGGUAAAUCUUCUGCCCCUAAAGGCACAACAGACAGCAGUGCAUUCUGGGACUUUUAAAGCAGUAUUGAACCCGAGGCAUACCCCAUAAUAACUGUGGUGAAUGUGGCCAAGACCAAAUCACCAUUUAGCCAGCACAAACUGGGAUAAGAAUAUCAGACAGGGUUCAUAGGCCUACUGUGUGAAUUCGACCUACAAGCUUGAAAUAGUAUACCUACUAUAUUGGAAUUAACAGUGGGUAAUGUCUUUAUCAAUUUCAGAUUCUACACUGAAUUUAUUAAUGUUAUUAAUGUUUUGGUAUUAGACGCUAUACAAUUGCAAUUAAAGAAUGAAACAAGAGAUGUGUAUUGGUAGUUAGCUACACAGACUUAAUUUGUUAAUGAUCCAUUGUCAGCCUGUCAUUAAGUCAUUUCUUUCUGAUGUGUGCCCCUUGCCACUGAUUAUGCGCUCUCGGUCUGUCCUAGAAUGCACCUUGGGGUCUCAGACACACGCCAUAAUUUCAAAGGUCCUUGUUAGCGGCUGAGAAGGGAGAAAUAUCCUCUGAUAUGCUGCACCACUCACCAAAUGGAUGCCACUGUACGUGACCCUGUGUCAAAGGCAAUAAAAAGCAGCGAGUCACAUGCACGCUUGCGCCAACAUAAUGUCCAUGCAGUUUGACCCUCGGUCUGAGUCACUGCACUUCAUUGUGCUAGGAAUGUAGUGUAGGCAAUGGUUCUGAAGCAAAAUAAUUCAAUAGAAACCCAGGCAAUACUGCAUGACGCUUCUGCCAAGGUAGGUCUCCUGGAUUAAUAUGUCAAGUCACUGUUACUGUGUCCCAACACCUUUAAUCUCAAAUCUGAUGCCAGGUUGUAAAUAAGUCAACAUGAACUCUUAACAGGUUCUCAUAUUUUGUGAUAUAUACAAGAUGUUGUUUGGAUCUAAAUUUCCAAUUAGGCUUUUUUAAUGGAAUAUGGUGCACUAUUAAUCAUUUCAACAUUACUGACAGCUUUGUGAUAUGCUAUUGCAGCCAGGCACUAUUCUUUCAAGAAUCAUCCUUUAAAAUUUACAGCAGUUGUUUAACCUGGGUUCAGUGCUGACUUCUACUUUAAAUUAGUUUUAGCUGUUUUCUAUUUCUGUUUUUAAAACAACUGUAAAUAUAAUAAACUCAGACUGUGGAAAAAAAACA